AUGGCUCGUACCAAGCAAACCGCCCGGAAAUCAACAGGUGGAAAAGCUCCUCGUAAACAGUUAGCCACUAAGGCGGCCCGCAAGAGUGCUCCCGCUACGGGUGGCGUGAAGAAACCUCACCGUUACAGACCAGGCACAGUUGCACUCCGUGAAAUCCGUCGUUAUCAGAAGUCUACGGAGUUACUUAUCCGCAAGUUGCCCUUUCAACGGCUUGUGCGGGAGAUCGCGCAGGAUUUCAAAACCGAUCUGCGAUUCCAAAGUUCCGCUGUACUAGCGCUCCAAGAGGCUAGCGAAGCUUACUUGGUGGGUCUGUUCGAAGAUACCAAUCUGUGCGCCAUCCACGCCAAACGCGUAACCAUCAUGCCGAAGGAUAUCCAGUUGGCUCGAAGGAUUCGUGGCGAGCGGGCUUAGUACAGUCGCUUGGUCAUCGAACAAACACUAACGGCUCCUUUAGGAGCCACCACUAACCUAAAGGUCAAUGAGCAGCCCAUCUCCUUUCGCACGUCUUUAAUUUUUCUGUGUGUGUUCUGUUUCGUUUUGUUGUGGUUGUUGUUUCAUUUUCGUGGUUUUUGUUACGUGAGUGAAAAACUCGCAUUAUUGUCAUGAAGCAACAGAGAAAAUCAAUGACCACAUCUCCAAAGGUGACCUGCCUCUGCAGAAAAAAUGUCGACGUAGACAAAAAGCGAGCGAUCGACUCUCGGUUUGAUUCGCGACAAAAAUUUGACAGAAAGUGAGCAGCGACGGAGGUCAACUGUUUUGAUGCGUUUUCCGUGAGUUUGCUCGAACUAGACAAACAUAAAGGUCACCAUUUUGCGCUUUCAGCCGUUCGUAUAAUUUGUAACGACGUUUCAAUUCAUUGCCGCUGUCUUUUCUUGUUCCUUACUUGGCAAAAAAAAAAAAAAAAAUAAAAAAAAAAAAACAAAGAACAAGAACAAGAGCCUCUUUUUAAGCAGGCGCAAUUACCUCAAUCUCUACGUUAUUACCGUUCGGUAACAGCGUGUGUUUGUUUGUACCAGACAAACAUAAAGGUCUCCAAUUGCGCUUUCAGUCGUUCGUAUAAUUGGUUCCGACUUUUAAUUCAAUGUUGUUGCCUUUUCAUGUUCCUUACUUGCCAAAAGCAAGUUAGCUAUUACCAACGGAUACGCCCCCAUGCACCUGCCUUUUGUACUAGAUUAAUAACUCAUUCGCACCAGCAAAACAUGUUCACUGAAACUGAGUUUGACUGAAUAAAAAUCAGAGAUUCGAAAUGGAAAGAAAGAACAACAACAACUGGGGAAGGAUGUAAUACAUAUUAAUGAGGCUUUUUUUCGCAAUGCAUUCUGGGAAAUAUAAAAUUUUUUUUGGGUCGGGAAUUCUUGAUUUCAUUCGGAAGAAAUUUUAGUAAGUCUAAAAACAGUUCUCGCUUUGGCACCAAAUCUGUGAACAGUGAAAGGGAAAUCGGUCAAAACUCUUUUUGGCGAGAAGUAUUUUUAGAGUUCCUUCCUGGAUCGAUCUGCUUCGAGCUCCAACAUUUACGUACCUCGAAAAAAAGGAAAGAAAGAAAAAAGGAAAGAAAGAAAGAAAGAAAGAAAGAAAGAAAGAAAGAAAAACAAGAACAAGAACAAGAACAAGAACAAGAACAAGAACAAGAACAAGAACAAGAACAAGAACAAGAACAAGAACAAGAACAAGAACAACAACAAGAACAAGAACAACAACAAGAACAAGAACAACAACAAGAACAACAACAAGAACAACAACAAAAACAACAACAAUGUUGGACAUUUACUUUCAUGACAUGUGUUGGCUCCUAAAGGAGCCGUUUGUUUGUGAGGUCGGGCAGUUCACUUGCUGCUUGUAUAUUUGGUGACUGCUUUUGUACCCUCGCUUACUGCGUGUUUUGCGAGUUCGCCCGGUAACAGUAACCUAAUGGCGGUCUGGAUUUCGCGAGAGCUGAUGGUGGAUUUCUUGUUGUAGUGCGCGAGCCGCGAGGAUUCGGUCGCGAUGCGUUCAAAGACAUCGUUGACAAACGAGUUCAUGAUACCCAUGGCUUUGCUGGAGAUACCGGUGUCGGGGUGCACCUGUUUCAACACUUUGUAGAUGUAGAUCGCAUAGCUCUCCUUUCUCUUGCUUCUCUUCUUUUUCUUGCCAGGGUCCGUCGGGGCUGAUUUAGCCUUGCCGGCUCUCUUCUCGCCUUUUCCGGCCGCGGGAACUUUUGGUGCCAUGUCUAGAAAAAUCUAUCACCGUUCGCUCAAAAAUAGACUGAGGUGUGUGACUAGACAGGAGAAUUGACUCCUAUUUAAGGUCCAUUGUUGAGGAUCAAUUAGUAUGCCGACGAAAAUUCUCUUUGAAGCGAUUGGCUCAGAUACAGCUGUGAAAGGAACAAAAGACUACGAGGCAACAGAGGGCGGAAUUAAUUUUGAUUGAGGGUUUCGAUCCCUUUGCGCGCGCGAGCCGCGAGAUAAGUACGGCGUCACGACUCGGAACGCGUCACAAUUUGAACAACAAAAUCGUUGGAUUUCAGUGUGUGUCCUAGCACGAGCUAGUUUGCGAGAGAGAAAACUAAAAUGACCGGCCGAGGGAAAGGAAAAGCGUCGGGCACCAAGGCAAAGAGCAGGUCCAGCCGAGCAGGUCUUCAGUUUCCAGUCGGCCGCAUCCACCGACUCCUUCGCAAAGGAAACUAUGCAGAGCGUGUCGGGGCGGGUGCUCCUGUGUACUUGGCCGCUGUGCUCGAGUAUCUAAGUGCUGAAAUUCUAGAGUUAGCCGGAAACGCCGCUCGUGACAACAAGAAGACCAGAAUCAUUCCCAGACACCUGCAGUUGGCCGUCCGAAACGACGAGGAAUUGAACAAACUUCUAGCUGGUGUAACGAUCGCCCAGGGCGGUGUUCUUCCCAACAUACAGGCCGUGCUGCUACCCAAGAAGGCCGAGAAGAAGCACCAUUGACAACAUCAAACCAUAAAACGGCUCCUUUAGGAGCCACCAAACCUCGAAAAAGUCGUGAUCAGUGAAAAAUCCAUUUACUCCAAUUGACACUCGUACAUGCACACACAAGCGCUCGCGUCUUUACUUUGUUAUCGAUCAAAACAAAUCGUUUCAGUUCAGCUAGUGUCCAUCGCUUACAUUCCGUAUUUUUGAUCCCAAACUAGUAAAAGAAAUAAAAAGCAAAUAAAAAUCAAACAGACGGAAUGAAAGACAAUUCAAAUCAGCUUUGGUUUUUUUUUGGAAACAUUGCCGGCGACUUUGUUUUCCUUUCGUUUGGUUGGACGACGGUAAUUUGAUUUGCAAAAUGCCUCGACACAUUUGCAGCCCGCUCUUCUUGUCUCUCUCUUUCAAUUGUUGGAGUGUGGAAUUUAUGAAUUGCAUAAACUGCUUUCCUACCUGUCAAGACAGAGAAACGCAUUUGAGUUUGAAUGGUACGAUCGCUGAUCACAAGUUUGCGUGGUUGUUGCAAACCCGCUUUAAUCUUUUCUAUUCCUUGCCAUCCCCGUUCCAAUAAGGAACGAGGUACUUUUAUUGGGGCUAUUUUUAUUGGGGCUUUUUUGGGGCUAAUUUUGCAUAGCAAGACAAGCGACUCGAAAUGUGUGUGUUAAUGAAAUGUGUUAAUGAUCAGAACUAACGUACUUGGAGAACGGUGCGAUCACGCGUGGUUCCAUUGCGUGGAAACGUAAUAGAAUUUGAGUAGAACGUUCGCUGAACCCAGCUUUGCACGGCUUUUGAAACCCAAUUUACUACUUCCUAUUUCCUGCCAUCCCAGUUCCCUGUUGGAACGAGAGACUAUUUGGCACACCACGACAAGCGACUCGAGUUACACUGCAUUAACGCUAACACAAGGAUUAGGAGAAACGUUGAGAGCAGAAAAAUAUCGCCCUUUGACUCGUUGUUCAAACACAGGGUUUGACCAUCACUGUGGCUGAUCACGACUUUCGCAUGAGGUGGUGGCUCCUAAAGGAGCCGUUUAUCAGUUCUCUGAGGUUUCCGUGAUUCUCUACCCGCCAAAACCGUAUAGGGUACGGCCUUGGCGUUUAAGGGCGUAGACCACAUCCAUUGCGGUAACGGUCUUCCGUUUGGCGUGUUCGGUGUAAGUCACAGCAUCACGGAUAACGUUUUCCAGGAAGACUUUGAGGACUCCGCGGGUCUCUUCGUAAAUGAGCCCGGAAAUACGCUUGACACCACCGCGGCGAGCCAGACGUCGGAUUGCUGGCUUGGUGAUUCCCUGGAUGUUGUCUCGCAGAAUCUUUCGAUGGCGCUUGGCGCCUCCUUUUCCAAGCCCUUUACCUCCUUUGCCGCGUCCAGACAUGAUUUGUUUUUUUCUUUCGAAUGUUACGGAUGCAAUUGUUGUCGGCCCUGAACAAAACUUGAGAUGUGUGGCUGGACCUCUCGGGAAACGUCACAUUUCCAAUUGACAAGAAAGCCAGGCCAAAUGCCGACUUAUGAAUACCAUUAUCACCUAUCUACACGGCCACGCUAAAGGAUAGCGAAAAUGACUCACAACCUUCAAAGUAAUCCAUGGUCAAAUUCAGUCUCACUCACUCACUCACUCACUAAUUAGUUUAUUACUUUUUCGAGAGUACUCACCGAAAGCGAGCGACUGAAAACCGAGGGCAGUUUUGAGAAAAGUUGCAGGUCAGAGUUUACUAAAAUUUACUUUCCGCCUCAUCCUCGGAAAAAAAAAAAAGAGUACCCGAACAAAGAAAUUCACCGCAGCCAAUCACAAGCAAACUUUGGAUAACCAAUCGGAUCGUUGAGCGCUUGUUAUAAAAUCGGUUUUGUCACAGGAGAUCGCGAGAAAAGCGUAAAAUUUCUGAAGAAAUUACGAGACUGAAGCCUCCAAUCUUGUUAGCUAUGGCUCGUACCAAGCAAACCGCCCGGAAAUCAACAGGUGGAAAAGCUCCUCGUAAACAGUUAGCCACUAAGGCGGCCCGCAAGAGUGCUCCCGCUACGGGUGGCGUGAAGAAACCUCACCGUUACAGACCAGGCACAGUUGCACUCCGUGAAAUCCGUCGUUAUCAGAAGUCUACGGAGUUACUUAUCCGCAAGUUGCCCUUUCAACGGCUUGUGCGGGAGAUCGCGCAGGAUUUCAAAACCGAUCUGCGAUUCCAAAGUUCCGCUGUACUAGCGCUCCAAGAGGCUAGCGAAGCUUACUUGGUGGGUCUGUUCGAAGAUACCAAUCUGUGCGCCAUCCACGCCAAACGCGUAACCAUCAUGCCGAAGGAUAUCCAGUUGGCUCGAAGGAUUCGUGGCGAGCGGGCUUAG